UUCAUGUCGAUCGAGGGCCACGUGGAGCGACCCGAGAUUGAGAAGGUGGCGCAGAAGCGGAACGCCUGUCUGGGUGACCUGUGGCGGGUCACCACUCGUGAGAACGUCUUCAACAAGACCGCCUGGCAGUUGGGCGCUGCCAAGGCGCUCAAAGAGUUCCAAGAUGGUGUGGUGACCGAGGUGCGAGCCGGCUAUGACGGGCGGGUGCAGGGGGACAGCUGGUCGUUCCCCGCCGCACUCAUGUUCUCCCUCUCUGUCUUCACCAUGAUCGGCUAUGGCAACAUGGUGCCUCGCACAACCUGGGGCAAAAUCGCCACCGUCGUCUACGCCGUAUUCGGUAUCCCGCUCUACGUGCUCUACUUCAUGAACAUGGGCAAAGUGCUGGCGCAAACGUUCCGCUGGUUGUACACGAAAGCGUACGAGUGCAGCAUGGAGGACAGACGCCGCGACUCUGACAGUGAGCCGGCGCGAAUCAUCGUGCCCUCGACCGCCUGCCUCUGGGUGAUGGGUGCUUACGUCGCCACAGGCACCGUCAUGUUUGCCGAAUGGGAGAACUGGAACUAUUUGGACAGCACCUACUUCUGUGUGACCAGCCUCUGCAAAAUCGGUAUAGGCGAUUUUGUGCCUGGUGCUAAUAUUCUUGACUCGCGCAGUGGUCAUCAGACUAAGUUAGUCAUCAACUUUGUAUACCUGUUGCUUGGCAUGGGUUUGAUGGCCAUGUGCUACAAUCUGAUGCGUGAGGUGGUACGUGUGAAAAUGCGUGAACUCAAGUCGGACAUCACGUUCUGUUUCGAGGAUCUGCGCCUGAGGGCAGUCGCCUGCUACAGGCGCAAUAACGCUGAUUAACAUCAAUUCACCACAAAAUAACAAAUACAUCCAUGGACAUAUUUCUACUUGACACAUGCCAUGUAGACAAUGUUAAUAAUUGUUUGUGACCCAUUUGUAUCUGGCCAUAUACCAUAAUCAAUUGUGUGCACUAAGAGAUCUUUCACUAUGUGGUGGACUAUGUUAUUUUUUCUUGAAAUAAAUUUGACCAUAAUCAAUUAACUUCUGUGCAUUGAGAGAUCUUGCACAAUUCGGUGGACAGUGAGAUUUGUAAGAGUUUUUUAAUAAAAUAAAGUUGUAUAACCUUAAUCGAUUGGGUGCACUGAGAUAUCUUGUACUAUGUGGUGGACUAUGAUAUUUGUGAAUGAUUUUUACUAGAAAAUAGAAAUUUUGAGACGUGUAAAAGUUUAUUCUACAAGAAUUGCUAACUCUCCAUGACAAAAUUCAUGAUGGAAGAUGACAUCUACUUCACUAUAAAUUUCAAAUAUUCUCACUUUUAAAAAAAUGUCUUGUGAUACCCACAUAAGUAGAUGAUUUUUGCUUAGAUAAUUACUUCGGGAAUGACACAAUAAAUCCCGGAUUUAUUCGAACUCGUGAGCUGUAAUAUAAUAGACUGAAUAAGCUGUGACGCUCCAUCAGUCAACUGAACUACGCUACCGUACUUAAAUGUUUAUCUAAAGGUGAUUAUGAUGAGUGAUUAUUAACAUUCAUAUUGAAAUACAAAUUGAAUUGUAUAAUAAAGAAUUCAAACUUUAUUAUCUCCGUAUCACAUUUUUUUACUCAGGAAUGCUUAUUUGUAUAUAAAAGAUGGAAUCAUUGAAUCUUUCACUAUUAAACUCGUGAUAAAUAAUUUUCAUUUUAAAGAAUGUUGAUUUUGGGGAAAGGCAUUAGUGCGACGAAUUUGUAAGUUUAACAAAUUUUCUUAAACUUCGAAGAUACUGUGUCGAGCAGAAGUGAAACAACUUUUCUGCAAUGGUGAAUACUUUUUUAUAGAUUCUAGUUGUAGGAAGAAUUCAGUUUGAUUGUUGGGAAACUCGUCUAGUGUACAUUGAACGUGGAAGUCAUGAGUGUAGUGAUUCCUGUAUGCUAAACUCAUAAAGUAUCAAAUUAUUCAUUAUAUUUAUAAUACAUACUUAUUAUGAAAUAUAUUCUGAUAUUUUUCACGUUUGAUAUAAAAUUUGUUUCAGGUACAAAAAUAUUGAUGUACCGUAUGUACCAAUGUAAAUAUUUUUCUAAACGCUUAUUGAGGAGUCUACUUGGAUACAAGUUAUUAAGCUGCAAUUCUAAAAGUACUGUUCGUUACUAUGCAAAAAUGGCUGAAAGCAGUCCCAACCAUUCAACCCCAACAAGACUCCUCCAAGUUGAAGGAUAUGAUGGAAGGAAAAAUGACGUAAUUUAUCACAAACCUUCGAUCACUCAACCAGUUCACAGCACCGUCAUUUAUUUCGGAGGAGAUGUGCAGGAUUUCAAAGAAAAUAUGGAGGUGCACAGCAGACCUUUCCUGAAGUGGAAUCUGGAUGACAUGUCGCGUAUGUUGAGCUUAAAAUUUCCAGAAAGUCAUAUUAUUGUUGUCAGACCUUCCAGGAUGGAUUUCGAUGUGUACAGUUGCUUUGUGAAUUUUGUCCCUUCAGUGAAGUAUGGUGUGCCAAAGCAUGUGCCGAUGAAUUUUGCCUUUCAACACAUACUGAAGCUACUUGAUGGAGUAUCACAACGUUUCAACUUCACUAAUUCAAAGGAAUACACGCAUACCGUGGAUUCGGAUUUACCUUGCCGCAAAUUGAUUGUGAUCGGUUUCAGCAAAGGAUGUGUGGUUCUCAAUCAGCUUCUCUAUGAAUUCCAUCAUAUCAAAACAUCAACAUCACCCGAGGACAAUGAAAUGCGUAGAUGUAUUCCACAGAUAAGCGACAUGUUUUGGCUGGAUGCUGGUCAUGGAGGAACAGAUAUUUUUCUGUCAACUUCAAGUGUGCUUCAGACUUUAGCUGAAUCAGGAAUCCGAAUCCACAUCCACGUAACACCUUAUCAGGUGAAAGAUGCCAAGAGACCGUGGAUUGGAGAAGAGGAGAGUCAGUUCACAGCUCUGUUAGAAAAGCUGAAUGCCAAUGUCGAGCGCACUCUUCACUUUGGAAAUGAAGCAGGCAGUUUGAAUUUGCACUUUGAUGUUUUGUCUGCUUUUAGAAUGCCCAGUGGUUUGCAAUUUGAACCCGAUUGAAUAUAUUCAUAUUGAAUAUAAAAUGGCAUUGUUUUUUUUUUUUAUUUUAGGCUGUAUUUGAAGUUGCAGUGUAUUAUUAAUUUAAUGUCCUCUACAUUGCUCUCACCCUACUGCAUUGUAAUUUAUAGAUAAGUCACCGAAUCAUCGUCGGUAAUUCAGAAAAAUAAAAGAAAUCAAAUAAUCUGUAAAUUACAGUUCAGAUCACAUCUAAACAGAACUGAUAUCAUAAAUUAUUUCGGUGCAUAGAUUUCAGGUUGUGAGUGACUUAUUAUAAACUCGACAACUUCAAUCGGAAGAGAUCUCCUAAACAAGAAUGUAGGUACCAUUUCCAAAAUGGAAGGCUAUAAUAAUAUUAUUAUAAUAAUUUUCAUUUCAUGAUUUAUAAUUCUAGAUUUAUUGUAAUCUAUUUAUAUUAUGAUUCAAGCGUGCAGGUGUUUUAUUUAAAUACCUAGAUGAUACUUUCUAUUUCUAGUUAUUUAUUAAAUGUUUAAUGUCUUACAAGUGCAUUAUAUAGAAUUAAUUUAUGUUGACUGAUAUGAAUCUAGUCUUAUUUUUUACAAUAUUAUAAUACAUAUUCAACCUUUAGCAUAUUCAUAUAUUUUGUAUGUUGAGCCUGAAUAUAGAUAAACAUCAUUAUUGUGUAUAAGGUA